GCUUCUCUUCUCUCUUUCUCCCUUUCUCUCUCUCUCUUUUCCUCGGUUUCUCUACCUCACCCGAUCUCACUGUGUCCCUCUCUACUCCCUUGACCGGAAGUCCCACUCACGGUGCCGGCCGUCGUUUCCAGCUACCGGAAACCUCGUUCCGGCCAUAUUCUCCGGUCAGCUCACCGGAAAAUUGUACGCUUUGCAUCCAUUGGAAACCCAGUUGAUAAUGGUACACUGUUUUAUGAAACAAUGACACAUGGAUCCUGACGGCAAGAAGUUUGGAAGAGGACCAAGGGAACUGACUGGUGCUGUAGAUCUCAUAAGUCACUACAAGUUGUUGCCACACCAUGAUUUUUUCUGCAAGAGAUCACUUCCUUUAUCAAUUUCAGACACACAUUAUCUUCACAAUGUUGUUGGAGACACAGAAAUCAGAAAAGGAGAAGGGAUGCAGUUGGAUCAGCUUAUUCAGAACAUGUCCUAUUCCAGAGAUACUAAUGUACGAAUACAACCGUUUGACCUGGAUAUUCUAAGAGAAUCCUUUCAAUUAAGGGAAAGUGCUCCAGUUGAAUUGCCCCUUGCGGAGAAGGGUACCCCUACAGUUGUAGGGAAAUCAAAAAGUGAGUCUAAGGACAAGGAGAGGAAGCAUAAAAAGCACAAAGACAGAGAUAAGGAUAAGGAUAAGGAUAAGGAUAAAGAGCAUAAAAAGCACAAGCACCGUCAUAAAGACCGAAGUAAAGAUAAAGACAAGGAGAAAAAGAAGGAUAGAAGUGGGCAUCAUGAUUCUAGUGCUGAUCACUCAAAGAAACACCAUGACAAGAAAAGGAAACAUGAUGGAGAUGAAGAUCUUAAUGACAUUCACCGACACAAAAAAAGUAAGCAUAAGAGCUCAAAAAUUGAUGAAAUGGGUGCGAUAAAAGUAGCCGGCUGAAAAGGUUGCAUACAAUACUUGAGUUCUUGUUCUCAAAUGGUUGUUGUUAGAGAGUUUGGAGGGGUCUUGUGCUUAACGUUGUCAAAUUGCUUGAGUGUAGCUUCUGGUGACUAAAGAUUGUGAAGGUGAUUUGUCUGGGUAGGAGGUUUAGUGCAAGGUAAAAAUUGCUAAGUGAACUCUUUUGUAUCAUAACAAUGGUCUAAUAUAGUUGUUAGUAAUGUGCAAGACUCUGAUACUUUGUUUCCCACUUUCGACAGCACAUUGAUUUUCUCAGCAUGUACCCAUUAUUUUAAUCUUUCUCCUGUUUAGAGUUUUAGAGAUUAAGCCAAUGAUUAGCUUGAAUUAGAUUUUCUAGCUUUAACUUUAGGAAGAAGAACAGAUUGAGAAAGGGGAUUGUGUAUAUUGGUUCUAUUUUCUAUUUUCUAUUUUCCUUCUGUUGUAGCAAUGACUAGCUUGUCUGGUUAUCCAAAAUGAUUGUAGGUACUAGUACCAUGUUCUUACACGAAUCCCCAAUUCAUUUAUAGGCUAUUCUCUGUACAUACAGUACAGUAAUGAUUGGCUCACUGAGGGAAUUAUUAUUGCUGUUGGUUGAUAUUUUGAGGUCAAGAAUGAUUUUUGUUGUC